GGUUCCUGCCUUCCGGAGGUACAAUCUUUUUUCAUCCCGUACCGUAAGGAUUUUCUGUUUGAGAUCUUCCUUUCUCGAAUCUCGGGAAGGUUUCUUCGCCCUUUUCGAAUGCAAAAGGAAAAACCCAAAAAUUAUUUCAUUCUGCYYAUUCUCACAAAAUUAAUUUCACUUUUCURAAAUUUGAGAACCAACAUGAAAUUUGCAACGUCCAUUGUCGCCGCCCUCGCCACUACAGGUGCCGCAUUCACCGCGAUUCCAAACAAGAAGGUGAGUACAGUUAUGUAUAUUUGUUCAUAGAGGUAUGAUUGCGUAUUAGRUGUGAACCACUCGAAAUUGCUUUCGACGAAUCGAAUGACMAAUGACCGCAUCGACGGGGAAUGUUUUCUAACUUAUUCGUUCUUCAACUUUAGGUUUCUACCGCAGGAUUUGGCKUGAAGCACCAGAAUCCGCUCUAUGCAUCGAGUACCUCAGACUCCAUCAGCAGCCUUACGGCGGAGAGCCCAUCUGAAGUCCUUUCUCGAGUCAAAAAUACUGGGCUCACGUUGACCAACCCCAACGACUUGUACUGGAUGGUCGACUUCUGCAAGGAAAAAUACUACAACAAAGGCGACUACUACUACCCCAUCAAGACCGUGUGUGAUGGUGAGAGUAUCGACGUSAAGUUUUAUUGCCCAUUCGAGCCCARCCUCAGCCCUCAUUAUCUCGAGCUCUACGGCUCCCGCGAUCAGCGUGCYUCGAUGUAUGAGACAACCAUGGAAAAAUAYAACCGCAUCAACUGCGAAAAAACCUCUGCAAUUUGCACMCCUUACUCCAGUUAUGGCGACACCCAGAUUGUCGCAUACUUUUACUCUAUGAUGUAUUACAUCAAUGAUCAAACCGCCCAUCUCAAACUACCCGAGAAUCAGAUUGAAGCGGAKCUCGUCGACAUUUUGAACGACGACAUUUUGAUUUACUUGAACGAGUUUCUUUCUAUCUUCGAACCYAAGAAUGACGAAGACUUGGAACGUAUUUGGGACUUCUUGGAUUUCUAUCAGCCAUAUUACAACAAGGUUGACGGCAAGAUUGUCUUGGACGAGAAAUACCAARUCAGAACCCCAUCUCAGAUGCCCCUAAUCAAGACAAUCUGYGAGUACAUCUCGGAAAAYUUUGCMARCGAAAAGAAUAUCACCCAAGUGAUUUGGGAGGUUAUCCGGUACAUCAAGGGAGURAAGGACGAAAUUCACAUCAGAGGCGACAAGAGUUUCACUCUGUCCCUUCAAGAGUACGAYGACUUCCGUGACAAGGUUACUGCRAGUCCAAUGGCGCAYGCUGUGUCCGAUUUGACGCACGAGCGCUUUACCUACAAGGCAUACACCAACCCACUUUUYAUGGAGUUGGAGRACAGGUGUUCCGAGAUCAUCACAUACUUCAACGAUGUGUGCACAAGCGAYAGAGAGCGAUUGGAUGAAGAUCCCUUCAACUCGGUCUUCAUUCUCAUGGAUCUUGACCCCAGUUUGAAUUUCGCAAAAUCCUGCGAUCUCGUGGUUCARCAUGCCYAYGACAAGAUGCAGGCAUUCUUGAAGCUCAAGGAUGAAAUUCUCGAAUCGGCCUCGGACGAAGAAGAACGUUUGGCACUUGCUCAGAUGAUCAAGACYAGAGAAGAUUCCUUGAUUGGAUAUGUGUUGCAUGAAGUCUGCUGUGUCGAAGAGGGSUAUGCUCGUGAUCACAAGCCUUUGAUGAAAGCGUUUUUGGAGGAGGAAUUGGCCAAGUCGCUCUCCGAAAAGGUAUAAAGCGUAAAUUUUUCGCAUCGACUACCGUACAACCAGCGCAGAACCCGAGUGUACAUCGCGACCAAACGGAGAACCAAAAACGAACAAAAAAUGAAGAUUGUUUAGUUUCUACUUCAAUUUCGUGGAUGUCGAAUAAAACCAUAUCCUUUUAGACCUUCGGACGAAUUUUAAAACACAUAAAUCAGAAUAAUUUAACCGAAACCGU